GCGGGCUGAAGCAGCUGAAGCGGCGGCGGCGGUAGCGGCAGCGGCAGCGGCAGCGGCAGCAGCUCGGGCAGAGGGGCGGGAGCUGAGGCGGGAGCGGACCGGCUGGUGGGCGAGCGAGAGGCGGCGGAAUGGUGGACUACCACGCGGCGAACCAGUCGUACCAGUACGGCCCCAGCAGCGGGAGCAACGGCGCCGGCGGCGGGGGUAGCAUGGGCGACUACAUGGCCCAGGAAGACGACUGGGACCGGGACCUGCUGUUGGACCCGGCCUGGGAGAAGCAGCAGCGCAAGACCUUCACAGCCUGGUGCAAUUCCCACCUGCGGAAAGCCGGCACGCAGAUCGAGAACAUCGAUGAGGACUUUCGAGAUGGGCUCAAACUCAUGCUCCUCCUGGAGGUCAUCUCAGGGGAGCGGUUACCUAAGCCAGAGCGGGGCAAGAUGAGAGUGCACAAAAUCAACAAUGUGAACAAAGCAUUGGACUUCAUUGCUAGCAAAGGAGUCAAGCUGGUCUCCAUCGGGGCAGAAGAGAUUGUAGAUGGCAACGCAAAGAUGACGCUGGGGAUGAUUUGGACCAUCAUCCUCAGGUUCGCCAUCCAGGACAUCUCGGUGGAAGAGACCUCUGCCAAGGAAGGGCUCCUUCUCUGGUGCCAGAGAAAGACAGCUCCAUACAAGAAUGUCAAUGUGCAGAACUUCCACAUCAGCUGGAAGGACGGUCUUGCCUUUAAUGCCCUGAUCCACCGGCACAGGCCUGAGCUCAUCGAGUAUGACAAGCUGAGAAAGGACGACCCAGUCACCAACCUGAACAAUGCCUUUGAAGUGGCAGAGAAAUACCUAGACAUCCCCAAAAUGUUGGAUGCAGAGGAUAUUGUAGGCACUCUGAGGCCAGAUGAGAAAGCCAUCAUGACUUACGUGUCCUGCUUCUACCACGCUUUCUCGGGGGCUCAAAAGGCUGAGACAGCCGCCAACAGGAUCUGCAAGGUGCUGGCUGUCAAUCAGGAAAAUGAACACCUGAUGGAAGAUUACGAGAGGCUGGCCAGCGAUCUUCUGGAGUGGAUCCGGCGCACCAUCCCCUGGCUGGAGGACCGCGUGCCUCAAAAGACCAUCCAAGAGAUGCAGCAGAAGCUGGAGGACUUCCGAGACUACCGACGAGUCCACAAGCCACCCAAGGUGCAAGAGAAGUGCCAGCUGGAGAUCAACUUCAACACUCUGCAGACCAAGCUGCGCCUCAGCAACCGGCCUGCCUUCAUGCCUUCCGAGGGCAGGAUGGUCUCGGAUAUCAACAACUGCUGGCAGCACCUGGAACAGGCCGAGAAGGGCUACGAAGAGUGGCUGCUGAAUGAGAUUCGCAGGCUGGAACGGCUUGACCAUCUCGCAGAGAAGUUCCGGCAGAAAGCCUCCAUCCACGAGGCCUGGACUGAUGGGAAGGAAGCCAUGCUGAAGCACCGGGACUACGAGACGGCCACCCUGUCAGACAUCAAAGCCCUCAUCCGCAAGCACGAGGCCUUCGAGAGCGACCUGGCUGCACAUCAGGACCGCGUGGAACAGAUUGCAGCUAUUGCCCAGGAGCUCAAUGAGCUGGAUUACUAUGACUCCCACAAUGUCAACACCCGGUGCCAGAAGAUCUGCGAUCAGUGGGACGCCCUUGGCUCUCUGACCCACAGUCGCAGGGAGGCCUUGGAGAAAACAGAAAAGCAGCUGGAGACCAUUGACCAGCUGCACCUGGAAUACGCCAAGAGGGCAGCCCCCUUCAACAACUGGAUGGAGAGUGCCAUGGAGGACCUCCAGGACAUGUUUAUCGUCCAUACCAUCGAGGAGAUUGAGGGUCUGAUCUCAGCCCAUGACCAGUUCAAGUCAACUCUGCCAGAUGCCGACAGGGAACGGGAGGCCAUCCUGGCCAUCCACAAAGAGGCCCAGAGGAUCGCCGAGAGCAACCAUAUCAAACUGUCAGGCAGCAACCCCUACACCACUGUCACCCCCCAGAUCAUCAACUCCAAAUGGGAGAAGGUGCAGCAGCUGGUGCCCAAACGGGACCAUGCCCUCCUGGAGGAGCAAAGCAAGCAGCAGUCCAAUGAGCACCUCCGCCGCCAGUUCGCCAGCCAAGCCAACAUCGUGGGGCCCUGGAUCCAGACUAAGAUGGAGGAAAUCGGACGCAUCUCCAUCGAGAUGAACGGGACCCUGGAGGACCAGCUGAGCCACCUGAAGCAGUACGAGCGCAGCAUUGUGGACUACAAGCCGAACCUGGACCUGCUCGAGCAGCAGCACCAGCUCAUCCAGGAGGCCCUCAUCUUCGACAACAAGCACACCAACUACACCAUGGAGCACAUCCGAGUGGGCUGGGAGCAGCUGCUCACCACCAUUGCCCGCACCAUCAACGAGAUUGAGAACCAAAUCCUCACCCGAGAUGCCAAGGGCAUCAGCCAGGAGCAGAUGCAGGAGUUCCGGGCAUCCUUCAACCACUUUGACAAGGACCACGGCGGGGCGCUAGGGCCAGAGGAAUUCAAGGCCUGCCUCAUCAGCCUGGGCUACGACGUGGAGAAUGACCGGCAGAAACAGACAGGCAGCAUGGACUCCGAUGACUUCAGGGCUCUGCUUAUCUCCACAGGAUACAGCCUGGGGGAUGCUGAGUUCAACCGCAUCAUGAGCGUCGUCGACCCCAACCACAGUGGCCUCGUGACAUUCCAAGCCUUCAUCGACUUCAUGUCUAGGGAAACUACCGACACAGACACAGCCGACCAGGUCAUUGCCUCCUUCAAAGUCCUGGCUGGGGACAAGAAUUUCAUCACAGCCGAGGAGCUUCGGAGAGAGCUGCCCCCCGACCAGGCCGAAUACUGCAUCGCCCGCAUGGCACCAUACCAGGGCCCUGAUGCGGUGCCUGGUGCCCUUGACUACAAGUCCUUCUCUACAGCCCUGUACGGCGAGAGUGACCUGUGAGCCCUGACCAAACGCCCCUCCUCACAGCCUCCAGGAGGGGCUGCGGGGCCUCCCUGGUCCUGUUCCUCUGACUCUGUAUCUAUGCAAAGCACUCUGUCAUCCUUUCUGGGGGUGGGGCGGGUGGGCAGGGAGGGGCUGGGGCAGGCUCUCUCCUCCCUCUUUGUCAGUUGGCCAGAAGGUUCUCUCUCGUUCCCCCUGGAUAGGGGUACGGGAGACUUUGGGGGUCAACACUUAUGGUCUGGUAAAUAUAUAUGAUGUGUUGGUUUGUUGUUGUUUUUAACUAUGUGGAGGGGACAGUGGAUCCCCACAGCAAACAGGUCCUCUCCCGGCCCAAGGAACGCCCACCCAGCCUGCCUCUUCCUCCUCCCGAGGUCCUGCGAGGCCUCCCACAUCUAGGCCAAAGCCCUAUGUGCCUUGUCCAGGAACUGCUCACACCUGUGAUGGGCCCAGCAGAGGGCACCACAGCUACCAAUAGGAGAGGACCCCACCCUGCUCCCUUCACCCCUCCCCUCCUUUGCGAUGGCCAGGAGGUGGGGGGUGCAGCUCAGUGUCCCCUUCCACAACAGAAGAGUGGAUUGGGCACCCAGCCUUCUACCCUGGCCCCAACCAGCUCCCACCUGGCUUUGUCUGGACCUGCGUCUCUCAGAUUUUCUAAGGACCAAAACCAAAAAAAAACAAAACAAAAAAACCCCACAAAAUCACAAAAAAAAAGCUAUAAAAAUUUUAAACCUUUCAGAGAAUUACUAUUUACUUUAUUAAGUUACGGAUUUAUUAUAUAAAUAUAUAUUCACCUAGCAACAUAUCUUUGCCGCCUCUUGCUCUCGUAAUGAAGACAUAGCUGAUUUGCUCCCCUCCCCCAGCCCCUUACUGAUUUUUCUUUUGUCUGCCAUCAGGCAUGGGUCUCUGGGGACCCUCCUGAGUGGGGGGUAGGCUGCUGGCCUGGCUGCCUGUUAGUUGAUGGUUUUGUUCCUUUCCCACUUCCCUUUUGUUUUAUUCGGAUUGAUUUUUUUUUUUCUUGGUUUCUGGAUAAACCACCCUUCUGGGGACAGGAUAAUAAAACAUGUAAUAUUUUUAA